UCUCUCAUGACGGUAUUCACUAACAUGUGAAGGAAGUCAGGGGAAGGGGAAAGUGUCACAGGGACCCGGCGAGCAGAGAUGGGGCCAAAGUCCAACUCUGGCUUCUACCUCAGUAAGAAGGCGGCUGUGCUUUUCGCUUUCCUCGUCUUGGCGUUGCUGGUGAUUUUGACCGUCUUUGUCGGUCUUUACGCCAAGCUGAGGGCUGAGAGAACCCAAGAGGUCACCCCAGCCACCCGGGAACCCCCCAGCGAGAGCAGCUCCAUGCAGCCGGGAGCUGAGCGCCUGGGACCAUGGAAUCACACCCGUUUACCGAGCAACCUGCAGCCCAUCCACUACCAGCUGGAGCUGUGGCCAAAGCAGGUGCAACCCGGCCAGGACCAUCUGUACUUUUUAAUCGGCCAGGCUAAUGUGACAGUAAUGUGUCUAGAGGAGACCGAGGUGUUCCUGAUUCACAGCCGAAACCUCAAUUACUCCGGCUUGAGUCUCACUGCAGGCGCCCACUCUCCUCAGCUGGACCCUCGGCCCGUUCCCAACAUACAAGAGGUCUGGCUUGAAGUUAGCCACGACUACCUGGUGAUCGAACUGGAUGGGAAGUUAGUGCCGGGACAGCAGUACACUCUCCAAAGCAAUUACAGCGGGAAGCUGGGCGAGAAGCUGCAGGGACUCUUCAUCAUUCACGACCCGGAAAAGGAGCACCAAAAACCUAUCAUUGCAUCCUUGUUGGAACCAACAUUUGCCCGGUCAGUUUUCCCAUGUUUUGAUGAACCCGCUAUGAAGGCAACUUUUGACAUCAGGCUUGUGAACCGCCCCGAGUUUGUAGCAAUUUCUAACAUGCCAGCAAUUGAUGUUUCUGAAAGACUGGACGAGGAUGGUAAAUGGAAAGUUACGACAUUUAACACCACUGUGAAGAUGUCUACCUAUAUAAUUGCUUUUGUUAUUUUUGACUAUGAUUACGUUAGCACAACUUAUAAUGACAUAGAGAUUCGUGUGUGGGCAGAUAAAACAGCCGUAUCAAAUGGUGAAGCUGAAUAUGCGUUAAAUAUUACAGGCCCAAUACUCGCAUACUUUGAAAAGUAUUAUGAUGUGAAUUAUCCCCUCCCCAAAAUAGAUAUUGUAGCAUUGCCUCUCUACGGACCAGUGGCCAUGGAAAAUUGGGGUCUGCUGCUAUUCAGAAAGAGUUCAUUGUUGCUUGAUCCAAAGAAGGAAUUCUUUAAUAAAUUAGCCAUAACAGCAGUAGUUGCUCAUGAGCUGGCACAUCAGUGGUUCGGAAACCUCGCCACAAUAAGAUGGUGGAAUAAUCUAUGGCUUAAUGAAGGAUUUGCAUCAUACUUUGAAAAUCUUGAAUUUUCUUCUGAAGACCAUGUGAAAAAAUGGAAACAUAGAUACCCAAUUCAUUUGAAAUACUACGUGUUCCAAACUGAGGAGAAUAUUUUUUCACAUUCACUGUCUAUGAAGAAAGAAGAUAUUGAAACAUUUGACGAAAUCAGGGAAAUGUUUAGCGACACCACAUACAUUAAGGGUGCCUCUGUUAUCGAUAUGAUCUCCCACUUUAUGACAGAGGAGCUGUUUGCAAAAGGGCUUACAUCAUAUCUCAAGGCCUUUUCCUAUUCAAAUGCUGAGGCGGAUGAUGUGUGGAAUCAUUUGCAGAUGGCAAUAGAUAGUCAGGAUGUUAUUAAACUGCCAACAUCAAUAAAAUCCAUCAUGGACACAUGGACAAUGCAGGAAGGAUUACCUAUUAUAACAGUUAAUACAACAAGUGGCACUGUAAAGCAAGACUACUUCGGGAAAUCAAAGGAAAACAGAAAUUCAAACUACUCAUGGUUUAUUCCUGUUUUCUGGAUGAAGAAUGGAUCUGUGCAGCCACUUAUCUGGUUUGAUGGUGAAUCUAAAACAUACCCUGAGAUAAAACGUACCACAGAUGAAGAAUGGAUUCUGCUAAAUAUUAAUGUUUCCACCCUCUGUAGAAUUGUCUAUGAUGAUUCAAAUUGGCAGCAGCUAAUUCUACAACUAAACAAAGAUCCAACAGUUAUUCCAAGUUCAAACAGAAUGCAACUAAUCUGUGAUGCAUUUGACCUAGAAAAGAUUGGAAAUAUUAACAUCAGAACUGCUCUCAGUACAACUACUUAUCUUGCUAAGGAACAGGAUAAUGAUGUAUGGUAUGCAGCUUUUCAUUACUUCAGCAGACUUGAAAAAGUAAUAAGGACCACCUACACAUUUGGACUUUACAAGAAAUACAUUUUCAGUCGAAUUGUUCCAUUUUAUUAUCAUCAAAUGAAAUUGAUGAAUGAAGAUUUCAAUAAUAUUCACAAUAGCAGUGUUGAAAAAACAAUAUUCCUCAAAACUCUUAAUAAACUGUAUCUACUUGAUCUAAAGGACUUGAUGGAUCGAGCAACAGAUCUUUAUUCACAACUGAUGAGUAAUCCGGCUAACAAUACAAUUCCAAGUUAUGCUAGACGCCAUAUUUACUGCGAGGCCAUUAAAGCUGGCAGUGAAAAAGAAUGGAACUUUGCAUGGUCACUUUACCAGAAUUCAUCACAAGAUGAUGAAGUAUUACUGUUUGCUAUGGGAUGUAGUCGAGAACCAUGGAUUCUAUCCAGAUAUUUACACUAUACUCUGGGUGAGUUAAUAGUCUCUGAGAAGCAUUCAUAUACAGUUUAUCAGUCAGUGGCAGAAAAUCCAAUUGGUUGGGCUUUAGCAUGGAACUUCUUAAGAACAAACUGGAAUAGUAUUAAUACUAACUCUACUUAUCACAUUGAACUGAUGACUUUACUUGAUACAGUUAGUGAAGGGCUCCUAACUGAUUUUGGAUUACAAGAGUUUGAAUUAUUCCUGAACAGUACCGCUGAAGAAGAAGAAUGGGCACAUACCGUUCAACAGCUCAUCAUUGGCUCACGGGAUCUUUUGAACUGGAAUAAGAAAAUUCAUACUGAAGUUCACAAUUGGUUGAGUGAACACAUACCUGCAAACUGAAUCAGUACUAAAAUUCAGGAACAUGUUAAAGGUCCAUAGAGUCAAAACAAGACUAUUGUUUUCUCAUGAAUCAAUCCUAAGUACCUAAUUUGUAAUAUGUCCUUCAUGUUUUCUUUCUCCAAAAGUCUGUUUAACUCACUUGUACUGAUGGCUUCAAUCACCUUUCAUGUUAGGUUAUUGCACAAUUCUAGUGUUAGUUGAGAGUAGAAGAUGCGCUUAACUUUUCUUCCAGAUAUAAAAGCUAAAUUUUAACACGUUCACCAACAUAUACAACUUCACUUUAAUAAACAAAAACAAAUCUGGCUAGAACGUUAUUUGGCAAGAUGUUACUGGCCCUGGAGAGGUAAGAAUAGAGAUGGUUUGGGGAUGGUUUUGUACAUGGAAUGUGGCUGCAUUAGGUCAGCUUCUCGAUGUCUUCCCAACUUCAACCAAUGUCACCAGGUGCAGACUGCAGGAAGCAUCAGUAGUUGACAGAUCACUGGCAGUUGAUUCAAGUUGUUGAACAACCAACUGACAACCAUUUUGCUGAAUUUUCCAACUGCUUGGAGCUAUCUGUGCAGCAGUUGGGGAAUUUGAGGAAGUUAUCAGACAUGGAAGAGGAGUGUUCAUGGGGCCAAUGUGGCAGUUUUGUGAUCACAACAAAGGCUCUCCAUUCAAGGUAUAUACUAUCAAAGGCUAAACUUAAUGGAGAUGCCUGAGUACAAAUGCCAUAUGCUGGAGGGGUUGAUGCCAAUGGGAAGUGAUGGACAUCCAGCGCCUGUAGCUUUAAAGAUGAUGUACUCAAAAGAUAUUGCUUGUGAUUCAUUCCUGAUACCAUGUGAGUUCCCUCAAUUAGUAUCCCUUUGCUGCAAAAAGGCUAUAUGCUGUACGGGCUGGCCUAUAUAUCCGGUUCACAAUCAAUAGGGCCAGUCAAGCUUAGGCAGUAGUUGCUUUGGGGCCUUGGCUAAAUUUCCUCACAUGCAACAAGUCAUUGACUGUAUGCAUAUGCCCAUCAAAGCUGCCUCAGAAUCUGUGAACAGGAAAGUGUUCCAAUCCCUCAAAGGAUUUGUGACCAUUGUGGCAGAUUAUGCAUGUUCCAAAUGCGUCAGUUGUUCUGGUCACCAUGCCUUUGUAGUGGAUUCUAGGGGACAAGGAUUAUUCCCUGAAGUAAUGGCUUCUGACCCCUGUGUACAACCCCAAAACAAGAGCAGAGGACAUGUAGAACUUCUACUGUAUGACUACAAGGGCCACCAUCAAGUAGAUCAUUGGCCUUUUGAAGGGUUUAAAUGCCUUUGUAGAUGCGGAGGAGAUACCUGAUUCAACCACAAGGACAUCCUGUACAUUGUAGAACCUGGUACUCCACUGGGAGUAGGGCUAGGCACAGAGUGAGCCCCAUCCUUACAAGAGGAGGGCAAUAAGAAUAUGGGCCAACUGAUGGGCCUGGCACAUAGGUCAAUGACAUGCAUAGCAGGGUGAUUUAUGACUCUCCAAUCACCAGGCACUUCACAUGGGGACAAGCGCAAGUGGCUCCCAAGCCAACCACUUCUCUCCCAGAGAAAGCCUGGCUGACCUUUCAUCAUAGACACUUAGCAUCUCUCUGUAACACAUAGUCCUAUAUGUGAGUCCUAUCAACAUAGACACUCAUGACGCCCUUAAUAUUACAUACCAUCCAAAUAUUUGAUUCCAUAUCUGGUCACUAUAAACUGUUGUUUAAAAUUAAAAACAUAAGCCUUUAUACAUUGAAUGUCAAGCUCUUUAACUCUCAUUGAACAUGAAGUGCUACUGCAUUUCACAAAUUAUUCUCAUCCAGUGAAAUCACAAGUGCAAAUUCCCCAUCCAGUUAUGCAUUUACUCGCAAUCAUUUCUAUGAGUAUUACUGCUGCAUCCAAUGCAGAUGUGAAUGCUGCCUGCUGCCUUUCUUGCUCCACUGCGUUAGUUAGCAAUAGUUUAUAACUUCAGGGGCCUGACACAUUACAGUUCGCCUGUACCAUGUCAGUCAUCUUACAACAUCCUCUUCACUAUUUAGACAGCUACCUCCAAGUAUGCUUUCUGGAUGAGACAAGCUGCUUUCUCUUCUCAACUCAGGACCUGAAUAUUAGAGUGACCCCAAAAGUUGAAAACCCAAUUUCUUUACUGUCACACAGAACUUUUUUUGCUGCUCACCCAUAUUAACAUUAUCUCUGAUUAAAGGAGCAGGACUAUACACAGUAUCUUAGAUGUGUUGAUCAACGCCUUAAAUUGCAACAAAAUUACCUCUUUUAAUUGUGUAAUGUCCAGAGCCUUGCCAUUUUAUCUGCAGUUGUGCACUCUACUUAUUGUUUCUUAGAUUUAGAAAUCCAAAGCACUUUUUCUCGACAGCACUCUCCAUUUCACACACAUCUUUAGAUUCUUGGUCUUCUGUAAAACAAGUCAAAAUGUAAUUGGAUCUACUAAUUGGAUGUACAGAUUAAAAUCAUUCUGACUCAGACAAAAGCAUUCCUUAAUCCCAUCAUCUCAUGUUCUCGACACCCCGAGGACUCUCUUCCCAUUCCUACUUCAAGAUUCCAAACCUACCUUUUCCGGCAAGGUCUAGCAGUUAGCCUCAUGAGGUUGCCUGCAGUCCCAGUGUUGAUAGCGAUCCCAGUGGCAAUACUGGGACUAGAGCUGCCAGCCAAUCAGAGGUGGCACUGUUUCUCAAGUGAGUGAUUGAAGCUCUGCCUGCAGCCAAUUAAAGCACCAUUCAGUGUUAAGUAGCUGCAAGACAGAAAGCAUCAGUAGCGGCAAAGAUCUGGUCUUCUCUGUUUUUUUUUAAAUCCAAUGUUCUAUCCAACAAUGUAUAUAUUCCAUGAUUUAUUGCCUUAUAAUUUAAUCAUCAAUAAUAGAACAGUGUUGAAAGCUUUCUGAAAAUCUGAGUAAAUGCUGUCAACAUAUUUAUGUUGGCCACUGUGCCGUUAAUUUCUUAUAAAGAUUCCAGCAGGUUAGAUAAAGAAUAUCUCUGCUUUCAGAAUCAAUACCAAGUGUCCUUUAUUAAAUCGUACUUUUCCAAGUUUCCAGCAUUCAGAGAUUAUAUUUUUCUUUCUUCUCUUAUUUUAAUUGAAGAAUUAAACAAAUGCUGUCCACUUUAUAAAUGUAUUUAUUUGUUGCACUGCUUAUUGGAAGAAACUAUAUUCUAGAAAUAACAAUAUUAGUAAGUAAACACUUAUUUUGACAUGACCACAGAAUUCCCACAAAUCUCAUCUAUCAGGAGCUGGCAGCCUCUGUUUGGACAACAGCUCUUCAUUAUUUGACUGCACCCUGGGUGGCAGGAGCUGCUGCCUAUACUCCACCCACCCAACACUCAGGAUCAAAAAUGGAUCCAGUGCUUGCGUGAAAUGGUGGGCAGAACGUUGCAAAAAAGCUACAUUGGCAGCAAAGUCAGGGGGAUGCCUCUCAGCAAAUUCCCUCUCUCCCAUCUCCAUAGUGCUGCGUCCCUCGAUCAUGCACUGAGUGCCUUAGAAUGGAAGACUCUCCAACAUCCCCCAAAAACCUCCAAGCAUCCUUGACUGUAUUUAAUUUCUGAAUUCCCACUUAACGAGCAUCGCACCCACCUUCCUGUUCAAUUAAAUGCUCAACCUGCCAUCAGGCCCACCAAGAAGUUAUUAAAUUCCUUGUGGUUUGAAAACGAUGUACCUUUUCCUGCUAUUUACUUGUAUGUUGUCUAGUUCCUUCACUGCUAUUACUGAAUCCCCUUGUUCCUAAAACUGGCAGAGCUUUGCAUGUAACAAGUAGCCGAAGGAUAAUUUUAGCAUUUGCCAACUGUAUAAAUGGGGAGUUAUCAGAUUGACCACUGUCAUACACCUCUCCUGAUUUAUGUGCCCUUUGAAAUCUAAACAGAAGAAAAUUAAGAUGUAUAACAGGCAGCUGAUCUAUGUCACCUUGUUUACACAUUCAACAAAAAAAAACUUACCUGUCUUAUCAAAAAUAUUUCCGAUCCAUUACUUCUAAUUUUCUGAUCAGCUGUGUACCACUUGGGAUAUCUACCAUGGUGUGAAGUCUCAUAGAAUCAGUUAUGUUUUCCUCCUAUUCCUGAAAAAAUGAAAAAGUGUUGAAUACCUUUCCCAUUUGUUCAAUCAUUUUGUGUUUUGUUUACCAAAUGUAUAAUGAAAAUCAUUAUCUUGAGGUAAGUUUGAUGCUUCAUCUGCCAAGUUUCUUUCACUUGUUUUUGCAUGGUUUUAUAGUAUACUUAUACUGUAUAAUGUGUUGACAAGCACCAAGAAACAUCUUUAUUAUAUUUUCAUAAUCAAAGACACUGUUUCUUCUUGAAAUUCUGUACAGGCAGUGAUUUUAAAAGUAUAUUUAUUUAGCACCCACAGUUUAUACUGUUGAUGAAUGGUUUUCCAACCUUGGGAACCAAUAAUAGGUACAGUAUCUAUUGGAAAAAACUACUACAAUUAAAAUAUUUAAAAAAAAAAUCUUACAGAUGAACUAUUCAAUUUAUAAAGUGUCAUUUUUGUGCACAAAAGAGCCAAUGCUUAUUUACAAAAUAAAGCUAGGAAGAUUGAAUGGGUUACAGGAAUAAAUUCUGACAGUGAAUGUAGUAAGUAUUGUUAUCAACUUUAGUACAUAACGCAUCUUUGUAUUAGCUUUUCUAUUUUAAGCUUGAAUUUUCCUACAAGCAUUUCUAUUGCCCUUUUUGUAAACAGAAUCUUGUACUCAGCCCAGCACAUUCAUUUUCAAAUUCCAGUGAACUUCUCCGAUGAAACCCAUUCCCUUUGAUCGGGUACAGCGCUGACCCUACUGUUCAUUAUCGGCUUAUUAAUGAAAAUCCUGUUUUUGUUUUAGGAUUAUUGUUCUGUUUUUAAAACGCUGUCUGUCAGACUGUGGUUACUGCGAGAUAUAUGUCAGUGAGAGCUCAGGGAAACAAAUUUAAAAAAAAUAAUGUUGAAAAUAGACAGAGGAAGUAAUGGUGUUGAAUAUUACCUGUUCAUCUCUAAGACUAAAGAUCAGUACCAGAAAAAUGAUCUGGUGAAAGUUAGCAAGGCAACACAAUAACUGCUCUCCCUUUUCUUUCCUGGGAUACUCUGGGUGUUAAUAGACUAUACACCAUUGGGCUGGUUUUAACUACAGCCUGUAGACUUGCAGUGUAGGAACUAAAAGUGCACAUCCCACAUAUUCCCAUCUAACUCUUCUCCUGGGCCCAUUAAAAUCUAAUGGCUAGUUAUUCCCUACACAGUGAGACUGGCAGUCAAUCGAUACCACAGGGAACAAUACCCAAAGGUGGCUUGUCCUGAGACUUUCAGUGGAGUGAGGGACUGCCUGUUGAUGCUAAGUCCCAGUGCAAUGAUGAACCAGUGGAGUCAUCAGCAAGGCAGAAGAACAGUCAGCAGGACAAGAUCUGGCAGAGUAUCCAGGAGAUAUGGGCACCCAGGCAAUGUCUGUGGAGGAGUCCAUCCAAGCGAUGAAAUCUGUGAUUCCUCACAGCAUCUGUGAAUACAGAAACAGAGUUAAAGCUUCAAGUAGAGUAUAACUCUUGAAGACUACUUUUUCUUUUUAUUGUGCAAAGCUAACAGACUACCAAACGGGCAUAAUGGAAUUUUUUUGUCAUUAAAUUUAUUAAAUCAGAAAAUUAUGAAAACCCUGACCUUGAGGCUGAACUUUAGAAAAUUAUUUACAGUCAGAUGAUUAAACAUUUAGGCAGAAAUAAAGAUUGGAAGGUUUGGAAUAAAAGUUAAUUUAUUACCUUUAUUUCUAAGCAUAUGAUAUGCAGUAUGAGAGUCGCAAAGAAUCACACAAUGUGCAAGGUUAACUAAAAUUAGAAAGAAAAUGCAACUUCUGAAGAACUAGAUUAGGGUAUAGACAGCAUGUCACACAAGUGGCCUUAAAGCCUGAACAUCCCAGAGGCAUGCACAACUGCCCAAUGCCUCAGGCUACCUCAAAAGGAGGGAUUAUAUGAUUUUAUAUUCAUAUCACAAAAAGAUAAGCACAUAACUGGAAAUUUAUAGUAGAUAUUUGAGCCCAGAUAUUCCUGUUAAAAUAAUCAUGAGGCUGAGCUGAUUGACCUCCAUUAAUCAGAACUAUUUUCCUUUGUGGUUGUUAUGACUCAACCAGUGGAGACCUUUGCCCCUGACUUCCAUUGACUUCAACUUUUCUAGGUGGCCUGAAUGUCACAAUCAGUCAAAUGCUGUGUUGAUCUCAAGGGUAGUCUUUCUCACCUCAUCGCCAGAAUUCAGACUUUUUGUCCACAUUUGGACAAAGGCUGUAAAAAAGUCUGAAGGUGAGUGGUCUUGGCAGAAGCUAUUCUGAGCAUCAGGGAGCAGGCUAUUACUCAGUAAGUGCCAUUUGAUAGCACAAUCCAUCUGUCCAUCAACCAUCAAUUUUCUGAUGGUUGAGAUUAGACUAAUAUUGUGGUAAUUAUCUGGAUUAAAUUUAUUCUGUUUUGUGUGCUCAGAAGUAACUGGGUAACUUUCCACAUUGACAGCGAGAUACCAGCUUUGCAGUUAUACUGGAACAGCUUGGCUGGAAAUAUUUAGGCUUCUGGAGGACCAAGUUAUCAGUAUUACAGGAUGUUAUCAGGACCCUUAACCUACUCAGACCACACCCGAUAUGUACAGGCAUUUCUAGAUGUCUCAAGGAUUGAAUUGAAAUGGCUGAACAUGACAUCUGUAAUGCUGGGAAGACUGAGAUGGAUCAUCCACAGUACCCCUGGCUGAGGGUGGUUGUGAAUGCUUUAGUCUUGUCUUUGGCGCUCCACCAAGAUCCACAACGGGGAUAUGCUUGCAGCCUCCUCUCCCAAUAAUUGUUUAAUUCUCCAACAGCAAUCAUUAUGACAGAAUACUGAUCAGAUUCAUUCAGAUAGGUUUGAAUGGUAGAAAACAGGUCAGCUUUUCUGAGAACAAACCCAUGAAAACUGGUGGCCUGUUGAAGAUAGUGAGGGUAGUGUUAAGAGGAUGUAAUUAGAAUGGAGGAGAGUGUUCAUGGUCUGAAGUUUUCAAUUCAGUAUUGAGUUCUGAAGGCUGUAAAAUGCUUAAGCAGAAAAUGAAAUUCUGUUCCUUCAAUUUGCUUUUGGCUUCUCUGGAAUACUGCAGUAGAGUAGGGUAGAAAUGUCAGCAUGAAAGCAAAUAAUGAUUGAAAUUGUUCUCAGCCUACCAGUGUUAUGCAAAGAAAGUUCACAGCAUUAACUGGACAGUGGUAUGUUGAACGUGCGGUGUAGCUACCAAACUGGUGACAGACAAAAGGAUGCCUCUUGCACAUCCCAGAUUUUAAUUGCUAGUCUAUAUCUUUAACUGUCUAGUCCUAAAAACUCUGAAAUUUCUGCUCUGAGCCUAUCUUUAUAUAUAUUAUUAUACGGCCAUUAAAAUUUGCCUCUAUUAUUAAUCGUUUUGGUUACCAGUCCUAAAAUCUCCCUAUGUGACUCAAUGUCAAACUUAGUUUGGUAACACUGCUGUACUAUACCUUGGAAGGCAUUAUAUAAAUGCAAUUUGUUGUGAGAUUGUUGUCAUUCCUGGGACUCUGUAGGCAGUGUGGGAGAAGUUUAGUGUCAUAAGAGAACAACCUCAGGAAAGACCAAACUAUCAAUUUUAAAAGAUGUGGAUAAUUCAGCAGGGAGCAUUGGUGAUUUGGUGAUCGAACUGAACUGACUUGCGAAAUAUUACCUCAGAAAGAUCAGUUGCUUUUUUUCUCUAAUUGUUUCUGCAACUUUGAAACUUUCCCGAAGGUUCAUUUACAGCAUAGAAAAAAUCUAUUCAACCUAUCAAGUCAAAAGUGCAACAUCCAAACAGAAAUUUGAAUUCUUGAUUUUCUGAAUCGUGAUCCCCUACUGACUGAGCUAUCAAGGUUAAAUUGAACUGAAAUUUUCUUUGAAUUUCUUCAAGAUAUUCCUCGAUUGUUAUUAGCAUAUACUCAUCUUCUUUCUGAAAUCUCCAGUUAAACACUGCUCUUUACCAGUGAGAACCUACAGACUCUAAGUAACAGGUCACUUGCCAAAUCCAAUUGUCCAGGAAUACCUUCACAAAGAAUCAACUCUGUCACUCUGAGUUUAACCAAUUGUCCUUCCAGGAACUCAAGAGUUGGAAAUAAAUCAAUCAAUAUCCAAGAAAACAGGCUUACAGAAAUCGUCUCUGUAACAGAUAGAACCAAAUGCCAAUGUUUGUCUCCUUGAUAUAUUACUGCACAGAACCAAACUGCUAUGUGAAUAUAUUUUAAAAAUUAUGAAUAAAGUAUAUUAUGAAAUAAAAAA